AUGAUGUCGGUACCAGCAUUGGGUCGUUCCUGCGGCCUUACCAUUAAAAUUGCUCAACAGCAGAAUCAAAAUGCUCGAGGAAUGGCAACGCUUAAAGCUAUAUCCAUACGUCUUAAAUCAGUUAAAAAUAUUCAGAAAAUCACUCAAUCAAUGAAAAUGGUGUCUGCUGCUAAAUAUGCCAGAGCAGAAAGAGAGCUAAAAGCAACCAGGCCUCUUGGAGAGGGAACAAAAAAAUUUUAUGAAUGUGCUGAAGUUGGUGCUGAAGCAUCAGCAGAUGCACAUAAACUUUUUGUAGCUGUAACAUCAGACAGAGGCUUGUGUGGUGCUGUUCACACAACUGUUGCUCGUACCAUAAGAAAUGAGUUAAAUGAACAUGGGGAUAAAGUUAAAGUUGUCUGUAUAGGAGACAAAUCAAGAGGUAUUCUUCAAAGAUUGUAUGGGAAAAAUAUUUUGUUUGCAGCAAAUGAGGUUGGGCGUUUACCCCCUACAUUUCUCGAUGCAUCAAAAGUUGCUAAUGAAAUAUUAAAAAGUGAUUAUGUUUUUAAUAUGGGAAAAAUUAUUUAUAAUCGAUUUAAGAGUGUUGUGUCAUAUGCAACAUCAGAAAUGCCCCUAUACAAGUUAGAAACUGUUAAUACAGCUCCAAAAUUGAGUUUAUAUGAUUCACUCGAUGAUGAAGUUCUUCAAAGUUAUAUCGAAUUUUCAGUUGCCAGCAUGCUUUUUUAUGCAAUGAAAGAAGGAGCUUGCAGUGAACAGUCCUCUAGAAUGACAGCUAUGGACAAUGCAAGUAAAAAUGCUGGUGAAAUGAUUGACAAACUUACAUUAACCUUUAAUAGAACAAGACAAGCUGUUAUUACAAGAGAAUUGAUUGAAAUUAUAUCUGGAGCUUCUGCUUUAUAA